AUGUUAGCAUUGCUUAUUCCUGGUCCCUUAUCCCCGGGAAAUGAUAUUCAUGUUUAUUUGCAACCACUAAUUAAGGAUUUGAAAGAAUUGUGGGAGGUUGGAUUGGAAACUUAUGACUCUUUAAGCAAUCAAAGGUUUGAUAUGCACGCAACAUUGAUGUCUACCAUUAGUGACUUUCCUGCUUAUGCAAUGUUGUCUGGUUGGAGCACAAAAGGAAAAAUUGCAUGCCCUGCUUGUCAUUAUGAAACUGAAUCAUUGUUCUUCAACAAAAGUCACAAGCAUUGCUAUAUGGGUCACCCUACUUUUUUAGAUUUGUCCCACCCUUGGCGUCGUAAUAAGAGAUAUUUUAUUGGAGUUACGGGGCAAAGACACCAACCAGUGCGUUUAACAGGAAUCGAAACUAAGGAGUUACUUUGUGGUUUUCGAAAUAAAUGUGGAAAGUUGCAAAAGAUAACGAAACAAGAAAAGGAAGUUCCAUGGAAAAGGGUACCAAUAUUUUUUAAACUUCCAUAUUGGAAGCAUUGUUCACUUCGCCAUAAUCUUGAUGUAAUGCAUAUUGAAAAAAAUGUAUGUGAUAAUAUCAUUGCCACACUGUUAGAUUUACCUGGAAAGAGCAAAGAUCAUGCUAAUGUUCGUCAAGAUUUGAAAGCCCUAAAUUGGAUGCCUGAACUUCAUCCUCAAUUACUAGAAGAUGGUAAGGAAGUAUUUCCAAAAUCACGUUUUUCGAUGUCAUUAGAAGAGAAGCGAUUAUUUUGCCAGGUCAUUAAAAAUGCAAAGCUACCACUUGGAUAUGCUUCAAAUAUCGCUCGAUGUGUGCAAGUUGGUGAAAGGAAGAUUACUGGAUAUAAGAGUCAUGAUGCUCAUUUUCUAAUGCAUUACUUGCUUCUUGUUGCAAUCAAGACAACUUUGAGCAAAGAUGUUGCAAAACCUUUGCUAAGGUUGUGUGCCUUUUUUAAGGGCAUAUGGAAGAAAGCUAUCGACCCCCAAGAUCUCGACUAUUUGCAAACUGAGAUUGUUGAAACCCUUUGUCAGUUAGAAGAGAUUUUCCCACCUACCUUCUUUGAUGUCAUGGUUCAUUUACCAAUUCACUUGGUGGAAGAAAUUAAGCUUGGUGGUCCAGUUGGAAUUAGGUGUAUGUAUGCAAUAGAGAGGUACCUCCGAGAGUUAAAAUCUGAUGUUCGGAACAAGGGUCGUCCGGAGGGCUCAAUGGCUGAAAGAUAUUUGGCCAAAGAAUGUCUCGCAUUCUGUGGAAGAUACUUGAAUCGAUCAAACAAUCCUUCAGAUAAUAAUGCUGUUGAUCCUAGUAUCUCAAAUACAUUAUUUCCCAAUAUUGGCCGACCUAUUAGAGGAAAGGGAAGGAAUAGAAAGAAGAAGGAUUAUGGGUUUAUGAUGGAUCACAUUACACGGGCCCAAGUCCAUCAAUAUGUCUUAUUCAAUUGUGAUUCUGAGGAAGUUGAGAGAUACAUCGAGUAA